GCUUGCGGUGGAGCGCCUGAUCAGAAUAUUUUUGUGUCCGUUCCUUACAAUCAUGUACAAUAAGGAUCUGGAUGCUGAAGACAGCCCUCUAAAAAAUAAUGAUGUAAAAUCUCUGGAAAACAAUAAUGCAAGCGAAGAAAAGGAUGUACAUAUUAAAAAGAAGAGCAAGGUUACACGCUUGUCUCGAAUACGCACAGCAGCCUUUUUUGGGUCAUUAUUUCUUUGUCUUACAGCAGUGUUUGCUUUUUCAUUUAUCAUUCCUUGCCCAGUGAGACCCUUUUCCCGGAGAACAUGGAGUGUACAGUAUGAUAAUGCUGUUGGCUACAUGUUCCUUGCUACUGAAGAUGUGAACGAGGAUAACGUGCAAGAUAUUCUUUUUCUUUUUAAAGCUGAUAAUUCAAGCAACUUGAAUAUGUCCUGCGCAGAUGGAGAUUUGAUGUCCCCAUGUUUUUUUUUAUCGGCCUUGUCUGGGACAAAUGGGAGCUCAAUUUGGAUCAGCCCUGUUAGUGAUGAUGACAAUAUUCAGUUAUCUCAGUGUGGAAUACAUAACCUUGGCGGUGCGGGACAUUCUGGUUGUCUAAUAAUUGGAAAUUCAGAAGUCUUGUUAGCAGUUGAUUCAAAAACAGGAGAUAUUUUGUGGAGAAAACCAACUGGAAUUGCAUUUAACUCAGUGGUUAUAAAGCCCGUGCUGAAAAUCCCAGAUAUGGAUGAAGAUGGUAUAGAAGAUCUGAUGAUUUUUCUUACCAACGAACAUGAACUGCAGAGUGCCAUAUUCUCUGGAAAAAGUGGUGACCGCAUUGGCCAAACUUGUAAAAUUGAUAAUGAAAAACCAAGUGGUCUUUAUACGCAUAUUACAAAGUCAAAGGCAGAAUAUGUAUUAUUCUACUCAGGUAGCACCAUUAAAGGGUAUUCUGUCAACGACCUGUGUGCUAAGACAGCAGGCCAACCAAGUAAACUUUCAGACGCCAAACGUGAUCCUGAAUGGCAAACACAGAUGAAAGACUUUAUACCUAUCGCUUCCUCUGAAAGUUCAGGUAAAAUUCUCUACUUGUUGAAUGUUCCGGGGAGUUAUUACAACAACAUUUUGGUUGUGAAAUCAGAAGUUUCUGAACUGCUGGAUGGACAAAAGCUUGGACCUUUGUGGUCUGUGAACACAACAGAUAUUUUAAGUAAACCAGCACUGGGCUAUUUCAAGAAAGAUGCUUUGUCAAUAUUAAUGGAAAUUGGAAUUGGAAAUAACCGAAAGAAGGUUAUUAUUGUUGAUAGCAAAAGUGGGACUUUGCAAUGGGAAAUUGAAAUGAAUGUGGGAACUGCCAGACAAAAUCCUGGAGUACUGAAUACAGGAGACCACCGCUCCACCUUCCUUUUUUGGGGAGAAUAUUCAACAGAUUUCAACAACACUAUGGAGUCAACAGAAAACCUGUAUAUGUUUCACCCAUCACAGGCAAAUGUACUUAUGCAUCUAAAUAGCCAUGCUGAAAAUAUUAUCAUAUUUGGCGCGGCCUUGUUUGAACGCAGCCGCCAUGCCUGCUAUGUUCUGAUCACUGGACCUCAAAUGAUGGAAAACCCUGGCAAUCUGACUGUAUCCAAGAGGAAGUUAAAGGAAGAUAUCAGUAAUGGAAUAGUGAUUGGGCUUGGGACUGAAUAUAUCGACACUGAGGACAUAAGGAACCAUUUCUUCAGGAUGAGAUAUUCCAGCCACUAGUGGAAAAGAACUAGUGCAGAAAACGUGAACAUUAAAUGCCUUGUGUAUGCUACUUUCUUUGAGGAUAACCACAUUUAU